CUCCCUGCUCCGCUGGGACAUCGAGGCGCUGCCCCAGGGGAGCUUCCGGCACCUCCCGGCGCUGACCCUGCUCCUGGUGGCCUCGGGGCGCCUGGGGAGCGUCGGGGACGGAGCCUUCGAGGGGCUGGGGGCGCUGGAGUACCUGUUCAUCGAGGACUCCCAGCUCGGGUCCCUCCCCCCAGCCGCUCUCAGGGGGCUCCGGGGGCUCCAGUUCCUUGUCCCCUCUGUCCCCGCAGGAGUUUGGCCGACAACCGCCUGGAGUCGCUGCCCCGCGGCCUCUUCCAGGACCUGCCCAGCCUCGGCCACCUGGACCUGCGCGGGAACCCGCUGCGCUGUGACUGCGCGCUGCGCUGGCUGCUGCGCUGGCUGCGCGCCCGCCCCCGCGCCCGAGGGCAGCGCCCGCUGCCGCGCACCCCUCCCGCACCUGGGCACCCCCCUGGCCCUGCUCAGCCCCCGGCAGCUCCAGUGCCAGCGGCACGAGCUGCGGCCGUUCCAGGCGCUGCCCUUCUCGUCGCUCGGGGCCGAGCCCUUCGCGCUCGGGGGGCACCCGGGGGUGGCGCUGGCGCUGCCGGCGGCCGGAGCCUGCGCCCUGCUGGAGUGGGACCAGCUCGGGGGCAGCUUCCGCGCCCACAGCGUCGUCAACAGCUCCUCCCCGGUGGCCUGCCACCCCGUCCCGCUGGGUGACACCCUGCUGCUGGUGGUGGCCCAGCUGGGCGGCGGCUCCUGGGUGUGGCGCCGCUCGGGCGGCCCCGGCUCGGCCUUCGUGCGCCACCAAGCCCUGGGCUUGGGCCACCUGCGCCGCCCCCACGCCGUGGCCGCCGCGCGCCUCGGCGGCCACCUCUACCUGGGCGUGGCCGACAGCUCCAAAGGCGGCACCAGCACCGUGUUCCGCUGGGCUUCCGGAGGCUUCUACCCGCACCAGACGCUGCGGCCGUGGCACCGCGACACCCACCUGGAGUUCCUGGAGCUGGGCGGGCGGGCGGCGCUCGUGGUGUGCAGCGCGGCGCGGCGGCCGCUGGUGUACCGCUGGAGCGGCGGCGGCUUCGUGCCGCACACGGACAUCCCCCACGUGCCCGACGUCUACGCGGCCAAGCACUUCCGCGUGCGGGGAAGCGUCUUCCUGUGUCUCACCAGGUUCCUGGGGGACGCCAAGGUGAUGCGCUGGGAGGGCUCCAUGUUCCGCGAGGUCCAGCAGGUGCCGGCCCGCGGCUCUCUGGUGUUCCAGCCGCUGGUCCUGGCCGGCCACCGCUACGUCCUGCUGGGCAACGACUUCGCCCCGAGCCGCGUCUUCCGCCUGGGCCCCGGUGGCCACCUGGAGCCCGCCCAGGACCUGCCCGCGCCCACCCCCCGUGCCUUCGUCCCCGUCACCAUCGGCCACCGCCACUUCCUGGUGGCCUCCAGCUUCAAGGGGGCCACCCAGAUCUACGCCCACAUCACCGAGGACAUUGGCACCUGAGGGGACAUCCAGGCACGCGUGGUGGCCGCCCACGGGGACAGCCGGGCCCGCUGCCCUGUCACUGAGGACGUGGGGACGUCAGGGGACAUCUGAGCGCGCGCGGUGGCAGCUGAGGAUGGUGGCCACCACGUCACCAUGGAGAUGGGGACAUCAUGGGGACACGUGGUGGUGGCUGGUGGGACGUGAGGAUGGUGGCCACCAUGCCACCAUGGAGAUGGAGACACCAGGGGACAUCAUGGGGACAAUGCGGUGGCAUCUGGAGGGAGGUGGGGAUGGUGGCCACCACGAUGCUGUGGAGAUGGGGACAUGAAGGGGCAAUGUGGGGACACUCUGGGGACACUCUGGGGACACUGUGAGGAUGGCGGUGCCACUGCGGCCUCGUGCAGCUGCAGGGAUGUGGGGAUGUCCCCGUGGGCACGAUCACCGGAGGGACACGGGGACAUCGACCGGACACCAGCAGGGCCCUCAGGCCACCCUCACACAAUGUCCCCAAGGCCACCGGCGACCCGAUGUCCCCAAGGGCUUGUGUCACCUCCUGGUGCCACCACUGACCCGCUGUCCCCAAAGCCACCACUGAUCCAAUGUCACCUCGAUGUCCCCUCCCGGUGGCCCCAAUGGCCCCAAUGUCCCCAAGGCCUCGUGUCCCCUCCCAGUGCCACCCCUGU